UUAACUGGAUUCUGCACUUAUAUAGAAAUGGGGGUGAAAUGUCUGUGGACUUGUACAUGAGGUUGAGGGAAGGAAAUUUUUCGUCUUCUACGGUGAGCGCUGGAAUUUUUGGAAGUUUAAUUGCAAUUCUUUAGUUCAAAAAUUUCUGCCUUCAUUUUAUUAAAGCUCAUGGCCCGGACGACCCUGAACGUGGAGAACCAAAUGCCGACAUUCUCGCACGCCUUCAUCUGGGCCGAGAUCUAUCCAGCGUGGAGUUUUGUGACAUCAUCAACUCCUUUAUGGUCGAUGACUUUCCUGAUAAUAUGGCUGUUGGCCGGUCAUCGCUCACGGCCUCCAUUGGAGUAUUUUUUCUUCUCCACCUCGUGAUGCUCCUGCCCACAGAAAGCAGCGCAGUGGAAUGCUUCGUCUGUAGCUACGCACCACGUAGCAACACCAGUCGCCUGGACCUGUGCUCAGAAACGAACUUCACCGAAACCGUCGUCAACACGAGAACUUGCGAGUUUGGAUGCGAGCGCGUCGCCACUUACGACGUGAACGGAGAGCUCGAGAGCUACCACCGUAACUGUGCCCAAGACAUGCCUCUGACGAACACUUGCGAGACCACCGAAACGGUCAUUCUCACGAGAAUCGUCUGUGCUUGCGAUUAUUCGUACUGCAACACUGCAACUCACGCAUCUUCGUCAUCGACGAGGUUGUCAUUGAUGUUUGUAAUGCUCUACUGCGUCUGGCAUGUCACCGCAAGAAGAAACCUUCAGUUACAUGGUGACUCACCAAGAUCUUCCAGUGCAUCGAUGGUGUAUUCACCAGCUUAGAUUUCGUAAAGAAAAGCGUAUUCGAUCGCUGCUAAGUCACUCACAAAUUAUUAGCGUUUUAUUUACUCUGCACCCUAUCAAAAAUGGAAGGCAUCAAAUGCUGCUAACGGCCUGUCUUAGAGAAAUCUCUGCUGAUUUGGGUACUUGAUUAUUUUUGUAGCAUGGUUUACUGAGUCAAAGAACCGCUAGCAAGUAACCUAUUAUUUCCAGUAUGCAACAAUAUUUUCAGGUACUGAGCUUCAGACCGUCGUCAUGGUACUAUUAUCCGAUUAUUAUUACCUAUUGAUAAAAUGACGUAAAUUUCAUACAAAGUCGGUUUAACUUGGUCAACAUCAGACAGAUAGUUCUGCUAUGGAGGAGUAAGAAAAUUCUUACUUGCUCAACGCCUUCCAUCUUUUGUAUGCUUCGAGAUCCUGGUCUACAAUAAAGACUUCUGUACAAUGUACAUAACACAACAUAGCGAUGGCUGUAUUACAGCACAUUAUUGAUCAGGGUUGAAUAAGUCGCUUCGCUGUAAUUGAAGUUUUGUUAAGCAAGCGUAGAGCCUUUUCUUAUUUGUGCUGUGCAUGUUAACUUGCAGGUGUUCAGUGUUUAUAUACGUACAAUACUGUUGGAAUAUUUAAACAAAUUGUAAUAAUAUAAUGAAUCGAUACUUGAAUCAUAAAAUACUAUCAAUACAUUUUUGCCAGCUUGUAAAUAAAAGUUGCUGUUGAUCGUAAUCCAAACAGCAGACCACGCUCCAGACCUGUCUGGAACGUUGAUCUUCCCGCACUCUUAGAAAAAUUACCGUUAACGGUAUUACCGGCGUUUCA